AUGGGGCUCAGUGACGGGGAGUGGCAGUUGGUGCUGAACGUCUGGGGGAAGGUGGAGACCGACCUCGCCGGCCACGGGCAGGAGGUCCUCAUCAGGCUCUUCAAGGGCCACCCGGAGACCUUGGAGAAGUUCGACAAGUUCAAGCACCUGAAGACGGAGGAUGAGAUGAAGGGGUCCGAGGACCUGAAGAAGCACGGCAACACGGUGCUCACCGCCCUGGGGGGCAUCCUCAAGAAGAAGGGCCAUCACGAGGCGGAGCUGAAGCCCCUGGCCCAGUCACACGCCACCAAGCACAAGAUCCCGGUCAAGUACCUGGAGUUCAUCUCAGAAGUCAUCAUCCAGGUUCUCCAGAGCAAACACCCCGGGGACUUCGGCGCUGAUGCCCAGGCAGCCAUGAGGAAGGCUCUGGAGCUGUUCCGGAAUGACAUCGCGGCCAAGUACAAGGAGCUGGGGUUCCAGGGCUAA